UGGGUUAACCUGUGCUGCCAGUAGUCAUAGACUACCGGCCGAUUGGAAUGGUGCUUUUGUUUGAAAUCUUUGCCAAUAUGGGGGUGGACACGUCAGUAACGUAUGGAGAUGGAUUUGAACUUUAAUAUGUUUGAGUACUUAGUAUUGGUAGUUCGUCUUUGAUACUUAGUAUAAUGUUAUAUGAUAACUGUUGCUUGAAGUAUAGGGUUUCCAUAAGUUAAAGAAUAACCAUACUCUAUUAGAAACAAUGGCUAGUCCAAGAACUCGCCGAGUCCUUCAGGAUUUAAAACCAUACGACAAUUUUAAAUGCUUUGAAUGCAAUGCCCACAAUCCACAAUGGGCUUCUGUCACAUAUGGUAUCUGGAUUUGCCUUGAAUGUUCUGGGAAGCAUCGUGGUCUUGGUGUACACUUAUCCUUUGUUCGAUCCAUUAGUAUGGAUAAAUGGAAGGAUGUUGAACUUGAGAAAAUGAAGGUUGGUGGGAAUAGGAAAGCUAGGGAGUUCUUUGAAUCUCAACCAGAUUGGGAUGAUACUAUGUCCUUACAACAGCGCUACAAUACAAAAGCAGCAGCAUUAUAUCGUGAUAAGAUUGCAACUCUUGCACAAGGACAUGAAUGGAAUGAAGCCACUUCAUCAGCACAGAAUUAUGACAGUAGCUCGAUGAAUAGAUAUAACAGUAGUUCAGGCAUGGGAAGUAAUAGCUAUGGUAAUGACAAUGGAUUAUAUCAAAGCAAUUCAGAUUCUGGAAGCUAUCAGUCAGGUGGGGGAUAUCAGAGCUUGGAUGCACAACAGAAUUUCAGAGACCAAAAAGAAGCAUUUUUCUCACGCAAGCAGAAUGAGAAUGCUUUGAAACCUGACGAUGUUCCUCCAAACCAGGGAGGACGUUAUUCUGGCUUUGGCUACACAAUGGAUCCACCCCCUCGUAGCACCUCCCAAGAGUUCUUUGACAGUGCAGUGUCUUCUCUAGCAAGUGGUUGGUCAGUGUUUUCUGUGUCUGCAACCAAAAUAGCAAGCAAAGCAACUGAAGGAGCCAUUAAAAUAGGAGGGAUAGCAUCUCAGAAGGUAGCUGAUAUAAGUGUUUCUGUUGGGGAAAAGGUGAAGGAAGGAUCGCUGCUAGAAGAUGUCAGUACACAGGUCUCAAAUCUUGCUACGAAGGUAGGAGACAUAGGCAGAAGAGGGUGGAGAGAUUUAUCAGGAACAAACACUGCUUCUUCUCCAACAAAGGGAGAUACUUCUGAUGGUAUUUCCACUGAAAAGUCUUCAUUGCUAUUAGAAGGGGGUAAUGCACCAAGAAACAAAAUGGAUAACAUUGCCACACCACUGCUUACUGAUAACCAAGGAACCUCAAGAGAUGUAGAGGAGUGGCUAAAUUGGAAUUCUGAAGAGAAACAGCAAAAUUCCAAGAUAGCAUGCAGUCCAAAAUCUUCUAAUGAAUGGGGCAGCUGGCCUUCAGAUUCUUCUCUGCAGGGUGUUAGCAAUGGGCCAUCCACAAGAAAAGGAAAGAAGAAAACUGGGAGUACAAAAGAAGGUUUGUUAAUUGAUUUAGCUGAGGACAAAGGGAAUGACUGGAACUCCAAGUGGGAUGAUGAUGCAUGGGAGAUAUUAAAUAAGAAAGAAUGAAUAUUUUGUGAAAAUAAUGACAUAGUAGCUUCAUUUAAAAUGUAAAUUUCCAGUGCCCUGCCAUUGCACUAAAAAUUGGAAUGUGAGCCAUUGUGUUCAUGCCAGGUUGAUACAAUAGGUCAGGGUGAUGCCAUUGUUCUGGGAAGUUUAGUGGACCUUACUUGGUUUUCAACUAACUAAACUGCGAGGUGCUAGGUGCUAUUGAACUGCUACUCCUUCUGUACCCACAUUAGCAUGUUAUAGCUUUAAUAAGGUAUCUAAUCUUUUUGAAUAUAAACAUGGUACAUUAACUCCUUUUCACGCAUGUCAUAUGCUAUCACAUAACUCAGCUAGCCUAAGUGUUUUUGAAAAGACCAGUCAGUUAUCAGGCUGUUUGCACUGAACUGUGUAAGAAGCUAGUGGUACCAAGACUAUCAAUGGUAAUAUGUACAAAACGAAGUGACAUAUAUUCUUAAUAAAUUGUAUGUUGCAACUCAGGCUUGGCAUUGGUCACAAUGGUUGUGCAUUGUCUCCUUCAACUUGAAUAAAUCUGCAGUGUGUUGUUACCUUGAAUGUUUCAAUAAACUGACAACUUGACAAUAUAUUUUAUGACAAAGCAAGAUACAGUGAUUAUAAAUUAUAUUUCUUAGUCUGAGUUAUAGCUGUAGUAAAAUAUUUAUCAGGUCUUGAUUUUUAUAUGCAUUCCAAUAACUUGGAUUUGUAUUAAUUCUGGUACAAGUGGUGCUGUCCUAGCACAAUUUAAAUUUUGUUCUUAUAAUCUCUAUGAAACAAAAUUCGGUAUUUUGUGAUCUGAAUUCAAAACACAUGAAUAAAAAAUGGUGUUCUACAAUUACAGAUGUAGUGACUUUGGCAAAAUAAAGCAAGAUACAGCCAUCAAUGACAUCUUACAUCUUCCUUGCAUCAUCAUCAUAUAUGACCUAACACUGAAUACUCAAAGUAAAGACUGUUUCUGUUAUGUCAAGAUCAGUAGCCUCUGUCACCAUAUGUUGGUUUUCAAUUAUCCCUCUCAUUUAUACUGGCAACAAAAUCAUGGGUGAUCGUGUUACCCCAGUAGUGGGCUGAUUUGAACAUGGUAAUAAGCCUUCAGAUUCCAUAAAAUAUGGUGACUUGUAUACCAACUAAGUGACUCAGCUUCUCAAGAAGGAUCCUCUUCCAUGGAGAUCAUAUUGUAGUUUUUAACUCCCAUAAAGCUGUUACUGACAAUGAUCCAGGAAAACCACCUGUCUGGCUAUUGGGUUGUUAUUCCACAUUAUUAUGCACCAUAUUUAAUUCCAUUACAUGUAAAAGCCAUAUUUACAUUGAUUACAAGUAUAAUACAUCCUGUAUUAUUAAGGUAUCCUACAGAAUUUAUAUGUAGAUACAUUUUCUGACUAUGGAAAUAGGAAAAUAAAAAAAAUUCACCUGACCUAGUUCUAACACACAUGUAUACACACACCCCAUCCAUGUUCUGUAGGAUGUACUCUUCUGUGCUUACAAGACAGAUAAUGAAAGGAAAUAAUUUGAUGUGGUACAUUGCAAUAACUUAAGGUGUGUGUUUGAACAGUACCAUAGUGUAACUGCUCACUGGUUACUUGUAUGUAAAAUAAUGCAGCUUAACCUGUGCUUAUGGGUUGGUUUAUCAGUGCUGUUGGUAGUUCACACUGUAUAACAUUGAAAUGUAGGAUUAUUAAUGAAGGAUAUGGAAUUGGUCGUGGUCUAAUUUUUGGUUCAAGGCAUCUGUUUGGAGGAAAACCAUGAAAAAUUAAAGGCAGGUCUCCGUGCUGAUAUUUUAACCCAGAACCUUUCAGAUGCCAAUUAGGAGUGUUAACCAUUCAGCUGUAAUGUGCAGUGCCAGGUGAAAGAUUUAUGCAUACUGAAAGGAAGUGGUUAUGGGUUGGAUAAUAUCAGGUCUUAUAUUUGAGACCCUUUUUUCAUUAUAAAAUUUCUCUAGUCUGUCAUUUGGUGAAGCAGUGAGGUUCAAUCAGAUAUCCAAGGACAGUGCUUCAACUCAGUAUAAAGUAGGACUGUUGGGUUACCUGUCCACUUUAAUUACUAAUCAUAUUAACUUCCUUUUUAAUAUGAGGUUUCAAUGCACUAGCCUUUUACAUAAUAUUACAAUUAGGCAUGCAGUAGUAAUCAGACAGGCUUGUCAGUGAAAGGUGUGCAGAACUUCAUCCAGAAUUAGCCAAGUCUUGCUUGGGGAGUGGGGCUCACCAGUUGGCAAGAUGUUGACCCUACACAAUGAUUUGGGCAUACAUACCAAGUUAUGUUUCUGCAUAUCCUAAGCUACUGUCAAGCUUGUUUGGCUUCUGAUGUACUUGUUGAGCCAUGUUAUAGCACAAACAAUACAGUUUGUCUUUUUAUAUUAAUUUCAAUAUUAAUGAUUGAAGGAUUGUAUGUGUCUUUCAGGGCAGAUUUGGCUUUUUUAUAAGAUGUAAAUUGGGUUAUCAGUUUGUCAUUAUUUUAAUUUGUACAUUCAUAUAUAAUUCACAUUGUCUGGAAUGUUGAUGGUACUUGGUAAACAUGAAAUAUAUCAUUGAAAUAAUUCAUUACUUCCCUUUCCAGAUAUUUCAAAGAGACCCUAAUACUCACUUUUAAUACAUUUGAACAAAUUUUGUAGCUCUGGUUUCAUUAAACCAUUUUCCAAUUCA